AUGGAUAACUUCACUUUCUUCACUGAGUUCAUCCUCCUCGGGCUGUCUGCUGACUGCCGCAUCCAGACUCUGCUGUUUGUGGUGUUCCUGGGGAUUUACCUCCUGACCCUGGUGGGGAAUCUGGUGAUGAUCCUGGUGAUCAGAGGGGAUUCUCACCUCCACAUCCCCAUGUAUUUUUUCCUUGGACAUCUGUCUUUCCUAGAUAUCUGCUUCUCUUCAGUUACUAUGCCCAAAAUGCUACAGAACUUCCUGUCUCAGAAGAAAAGCAUCUCUGUGUGGGGCUGUAUCACCCAGAGUUUGUUUUUUCUUCUCUGUGGGUGUGCUGAAGCCAGUCUGCUCUCUGCCAUGGCCUAUGACCGCUAUGCUGCCAUCUGCCACCCUCUGCUCUAUACCAUGGUCAUGAACAGGCCUCUCUGCAUGGUAAUGGUCAGCGCAGCAUGGGGAAUAGGGGUUCUGAACUCACUGGUAAAUAAUCUUUUCAUCCACAAGUUACAUUUCUGUGGGUCCAACAUCAUCUUCCACUUCUGCUGUGAGCUGCCCUCACUCUUCCCUCUGUCAUGUACUGAUCCCACUGCCAACAAGUUCCUUCUGUCAGGGUCCAGUGCAUUUCUAGGGCUGCUGACGCUUCCCCUGAUCCUCUUCUCUUACUCCAGAAUCAUUUCUGCCAUUCUGAACAUCCGCUCCUCUGAGGGCCAAGCCAAAGCCUUCUCCACCUGCUCCUCCCACCUCACCGUGGUGCUCUUGUUCUAUGGGACAGCUCUAUUCAGGUACAUCAGCCCUGCCUCAGGCUCGGUGUUGGAGCGUGUGGUCUCCAUUCAGUACAGUGUGAUCACAUCCUUGCUGAACCCCCUCAUCUACAGCCUCAAGAACCAGGAGGUGAAGGCUGCUCUGCAGAGGAUGCUGAGGCAGUAAAUGCACUCCUCAGAUGAAGGAUUCUCUGUGUAGGGUUCAGUCAAAGAAUGGGGGGGAGAGAUCUUCAGCAAUACCUGCAAAGGAUAAAAGACAUUUGAGGUCAGUGGUUCUCUAAGUGUCAUCCACAAGUCAGCA